AUGAGACCACUUGGGAUGCCAUUUACAAUCAGAGGUUUCGGUAUCAUUAACAUGCUCGUUUUCCUGCCAUUGAUGCUUAUGCCGUUUACUACACGAGCUGCGCUGGUCAAGUCAAACACACCACCUCCUCCAUUUGUCCCCGGUAAUUCUAUCGACGAACAAAAUGGCAAUGUUGUAGUAGUAGAUGUAGUCGGCGAGUCAAGAUGCCCAGAUACCACCAGAUUUUACCUGAAUCAGCUGCUACCAGUUUUCAAGAGAUAUCGUUCUCGUUUACGGCUAAAUUACCAUCCAUAUGGGCCUUACAAGUACACGAAGUGCUCCAGGACCUCCAGCGGAUUUGAGUGCACCUGCCAACAUGGAAGUGAUGAAUGUCAGAAAAACGCUCUACAAGCUUGUUUGAUUGAAGCCUUACCAAAUGCGGAGGACCACCUAGAUAUAGUGGGAUGUAUCCAAGGUCCAAGAAAUUUCAACACCUCCUUUCAAAGCUGUAUUGUUAAUCAUCCACGUAAUGGAUUAAUAGAUCAAGCUAGCAUAUUGGAAUGCGCCACAAAUGGUAGAGGAAUGAAGCUGAUGUCGCAGCACGGUGAAGCUGCACACGUAUUUGCCGAGGAUGUUUAUUGGGUCCCAUGGAUCUCCAUAAAUGGACUACGGAUUCCCGCGGCUGAGAGGCACUUCGAAGCUGUGCUGUGCAAUCAAUAUUUUGAACCUCCUCCAUCAGAGUGCCUCAACCCAAGGCUUUAAAUGAUUUUACGAGUAUUUCUUUCGUCGAGUUGUUUGUUACUCAGUACGCGUCGCACACCAAGCCCGCUACUUGACCACAUGUAAAUUAGAACCUGUACAUUUCCAUAAUUUCUUCUCGUUUCCUUGUCUCUUUCUAAUUAAAUAUGCUCAGUUAAAAAUACACAUCUCUUUGGUUUGUUACGCUAGAAAAGGUCUUAUUGAUGAGUUAUUAGUAAAAAUGUCGUCGAUCGCCGCGCCUGGUGUGCAGACUCUCAUACUGAGUUACAAAUGAACGAGGAUAUCUAGUGCCAUAUUGUUCUGGCCACGCCAGAACCCCAUACUUGCAUUGAGGGCGGAGUGCUAGGCUCCACUCCUUAUCUUGCUCUCAUUGAGCCAGUCAGCUAUGUAAGCAAUUUUUAUUUUUAUGCGUGAUUUUCUAUAUAUGUUUGUGCUAUUGGUACAAGUGACAUGAUUAGGACUCAACUAAUACUUUUAAAUGGAAAGAUUCGCUUGAAGGAAGACAUAUCGCUAGACCAUAAUCAUAGAUAAAAUGAUUCAUAAAACAGC